GAACCUGCUCUGGGUUUAUUGUAAAUGCUGCAAAAGGGAAGCUGCAGAUUGUGAGCACAGUUGUACAGCAGCCUAGUUAGAGCUGGCUGGUUUGUCUCGGGGCACAAGAACAAUGACCACCUCACUAGAACCCACCACUGAGUACGACUACCAGACCUACCCGGGUCUGUUCUGUGACCUUCAGGAUGUGACCUAUGCAAAGACAUUCAUCAUUUUAAUCUACUGCCUGGUUUUCAUCUUUGGCACCUUUGGGAACAUUGUCGUAAUUGUUAUUAUGAGAUCAAAGAAAAAGUCGAACCGUUUGGCUGAUGUGUUUAUUACCCACUUGGCAAUUGCAGACCUGGUUUUCCUCCUUACAUUACCUUUCUGGGUAGCUUCCAUCGCCCUGGACUAUCACUGGCCCUUUGGACAGAGCCUCUGCAAGAUCUGUAGCUAUAUUCUGGUUGUCAACAUGUACUCCAGCAUAUUCUUCUUGACUUGCAUGGGCAUUGACAGGUAUUUGGCCAUUGUGCUUGCCCUGAACUACAGCUAUCUGAGGAACAGGAGGUAUGCCAUUGUUACCAGCUUGGUGAUCUGGCUUCUCUCAAUGAUCCUGGGACUGCCCACUCUCUUGUCCAGACACUUGCUGGAAUAUGAUGACAAGUGGAUCUGCUCUGAGGAAAACACCCUCUCCAAGAAUGUCUUCACCCUUGUGAUUAGGUUCAUAUCUUUUGUCUUGCCCCUGGCUAUCAUCACCGUGUGUUACUGUUCGGUGGGUUUCAAACUCUACAGGCACUUCGACAGAAGGACUAAGGAGCAGAGGAAGAAAAGGAAGUCAAUCAAAAUUGGCUUCUGGAUCAUCGCCAUGUUCGUCUUGUCUUGGCUUCCUUACAAUGUCUUAAAGACCCUGGAUGUGUUUGUCCAGAUAUUGACUAUCAAUGUUUCGUGUGACACCCAUGAAGCCAUGAGUAAAGGUCUCAAGGUCUCCACCUGCCUGGCCUUCUUCAAUAGCUGCGUCAACCCAAUUGUCUACUUAGUCUUCGAUUGUUAUUUCAGGGAGAGCUUCAUGCAACUGCUGCCCUUUCAGUCAGCCAGGAAACCAAGGAGCCAUUCAUCCACAUCAAUGGCUGAUUCAACCAAAUCCCAGAGGCAUAACGCCUCAUUGAAAGAACCAUUCAACUUGUCAAAAAUCAGUUCAUAAUCCAAAUCAGGUGAAGGGCUGGUGAUAAUCCAGACAAACUUGUACAAAGUGUGGCGCUGGAAAAGCGCAUUCCUGAUGAAGG